CAGCAGCAGCAGCAGCAGAAGAAGAAGAAGCGGAGGCAAACAGUCGGUACUCGGCUUUGUUAUAGUAAGCAGGAUCAUGUUGGGGUAGAAUAAUAGAGUGUUUUGUGUCGUGUUCAAUAUGUUCUAAAGCAUUUUUCAGCGCAGAUGUUUUUAUAGUUUUGCCUUAAACCAAUAUUCCGUUUUCCGAGAACCCCAAAGGAAAAUAAUUUAGCCUUCCGUUAGCUAGCAUCCUGGAAAUCGCCGGAGCUCUAUGUAUGAGCUUUACACAGGGACAAAAGAAGCAAAUCAGUCGGGAAACAUUUAAUUUUUACCCAUUAAUUUUAUUCAUUCAAGCAGGCACAGAGGCUCUGUGGUGUUUAUGACGUUUAGACGCCUUUGUAUAUCUCCUGGCGCCUCACGAAGCUAAUGUUGCUAGCUUAGCCUUUAAGCUGGAAGUAGAGGACGGGAGCAAGACAGGAGGCCCCAGAUCAACCAAACUGUUUUUAAAGGAGAGUUUCAGAAGAGAAACCUGCGCCUGUUUAGUUUAAAAUGUCUAAAGUCCAAGGGCUGAGAUCUUUAGUGAACCAGAGACUGACUGCAGCUGCCGAAGAGAUAUUUGGACUCUUUGAAAGAACAAUAACGGAGUACGAGGAGGAAAUUUGUCGAUUAAGGCAGAACAAUGGACGAAAUAGGGAAGUGGACGCAGAUGUGGAGCUACACAGAGGAGAUGUCCAGCAGCUGGUAGUGAAAGAAGAAGAGGUUUGCCUUGGACAACAGGAGAAGAUCUCUCGUCAGAACCAGGAGGAUCCUCCAGAACAAACACAUAUUAAAGAGGAACAGGAGGAACUGUCGAGCAGUCAGGAGAUAGAGCAGCUUCAAAAAGCAGAGGAGGAUGGCAUCAAUAUGUUCACAUUCACUCCUGUCCCUGUGAAAGGUGAAGAAGAGGCUGGAGAGGAACCUCAGUCCUCACAGUUUCAUGAAACCCACAAUGAAGAGAACAUAGGCACGGAGCAUUUGAAAACAGAAUCUGACAGCGAGGACUGUGGAGGGUCAAAAGCAGACUUUAAUCCAGACAGUAAUUUACAGCCAGUUACUACUGACAAGACCUCACACCUCUCUGGGGUAUCACACUGUAAUAUUGUUAUCAGAGUUAAUAAUGGAAGUGCAUCAGUUAGCUCUUCAGAGUUUGCUACAGAAGUGAAACCAUUUCGUUGCUCAAUUUGUGGCAAAAAAUUCUCUGAUAAGGACACCUUAACAAAUCAUAAGAGCCUUCAUUCAGACCAAAAACGAUUCAGCUGCUCAGUGUGUAAGAAAAAAUUUUACUGGAGAAAAGACAUUUUGACUCACAUGAGAACCCAUACAGGAGAGAAACCUUACAGUUGCUCUUACUGUGGCUCUGGGUUUACACAAAACUCCCAUUUGGCUGCUCACUUAAAAGUCCACACAGGAGAAAAACCUUUCAGCUGUUUCGUUUGCAAAGCUAGUUUCCGGAUGAAAAAAAGCUUGGUUGAGCAUAUGAGAAUCCAUACAGGGGAAAAACCAUUUGAUUGCCAGAUGUGUGGUAAAAGAUUUGUUCAAAAGACACAUAUGAGACGGCACUUGCUUGUUCACACAGGGGAGAGACCGUUUGUUUGUACAGUCUGUGGAAAAAAAUAUGCACAAAAUGUUAGUCUUAGAAAGCACAUGACUGUUCACACAGGGGAGAAACCAAUUUAUUGCAAUGUUUGUUUUAGAAAAUUCCCGGGAACAGAGCAGUUCAAAAACCACGAGUGUGGUGCAGAGGGCAGCAAAGAUACACAAGGCUGUGGCAAAGAUACACAAGGCUGUGACACUGUGCCCCAAAGCAUGCAAGUGUCAGAUAUUGCACAGUAAUGCAAGCUCACUUGCCUCACUGCAUACUUUGACUUGAGUCUCUGUCCUGCAAAUUUCAGGUUCUCCUUGUAAACUAUAUGACAUGUCGCAUUUUUGAAUGCAAACAGAAGUGAGGUGUUUUGAAUCCAGGAGUCUUUGAUGGCCAUUAGCUGCAUAGUUUUGUCUGUGUUGACACAAGUCAGAGCAGAACAGUUCAAACACGGGUGUGGAUAUUACUGAUUCACAGCUAUCUUUGCUUUCUAAAGCAAGCUAACAAGCUUGGAAAGUAGAAGAUGUUAAGGAAAUAUUACUGUCAGACAAUCCGGGUACCUUUUCCUCCACCUCUUUCCUUGUUCCCUACCCAUGUCAACACAAGUGACAGAGAGGUAAAUAGGACCAGGGGGACUGAAAAUCAUGGGUCAUGCUGUAUCAUUUCCAUGCUAUCGGAAGAGGAACACUGUUUACUUUUUUUUUUUUUGUAACUGAGGCUCACUUGCAUUGAAUGUUAGUAAACAGUCUGAGUCAUUUUAAUCCAGUGAUCAUAUCACUGAGGAAAAAAGCUUGCUCACAUUGAAUGUCUUUGUGUCCCAGUGAUGUAAUGUUUUUGCACAAUACUUUUGCAUGCUGUCUCUGAUAAAUAAUUAUUGUCUUGAAUUAUUAUAUCAACAUUAAAUGAUUGACUAACCACUUUAUGAAAAAGUUGGCUGAUAUCAAAUGGACAAUCCUGGUCUUUAAUUAUUUACUAAACACAGUGUUGAUUCCUAAUUGUUCACAC